AUGCCCAAGCGAAAUAAAAACGACGAACACGAUGAGCUAGCAAAAAGGAGAAAAUCAAACAACUGGCUCUACGAGCUUGAUGAACUAUUUGAGAUCGAAAAUAUCCAGAAAAAGAAUGCCGAAUACAUGUUGUUCAAAUCGUCACCCCAGAAAAAAAAGAACGUGGACUCCAAAGUCGUGCUCAAACCAGACGUCAACCAACGUGAUGUCUUUUUGGAAACUGGAAACAGUUACAAUUCGUUCAAAUCGUCAGUCCAGAAGCAAAAGAACCCGGUCUCCAAGGUGAUACUCCAACCAGACAUCAGUCAACUCAGUGAUUCUUCAGAUGCGGAGGACAGCUGUAAAUAUGGAAUCGAAAUCUGGGAAAACGAGGAAAACUGCCAAUUGCCAGUCAAACAAACACUUCCUGAACAGCCGGAAGAGUUUCACAUUGGCCGUAUCAAAGCCAAUCUGAAAUUUCUCAUGCAACAAUUGAAAUAUCUCUCAGGUUGUGAAAAUGGGGAACAACACGCUAACGAAAUUUUCAAAAGCCUGCCCGCCCAAGUGUGGGACCGAGCAUCUCUCAAGCGAGCAGAAAUUGCUGAGGAUCUUUUGAUCGCUGAAGAAUUUAUCGAGGCUCGGCGUGGUCAGCUUGAGCAGGAUGAUAAACUCAAAGUUUAUUUAUACAAUGUUUUGGAAAAUAAACUGAAGAAGGAAAAUAAUCCAGUCCUUCUCACUAUUGUUCUUCAUUUGGAGAAUAAAUUUCGGCAGUUGAAUGCCGCGGAUUUUGCCGCUCUAGAGGCUGCGAUGAAGGCUGAACUGUGUUUCUAGAUUCCAAAUCGGUUUUGACAUUCCCGAUUAUCCUAUUUAAAUUUUUAGAAUUUAAAAUUGUUGUUGUUUGUUGAUACUAUCCUCAUUACUAUGUAAUAUUGUUGAUACUUUUAAUCUCUUUUUUCCCGUCAUUAAAUCUCUUAUUCUCUUGCUCAGAUGUUCUCUUUUCCCGAAAAACAUCCUUUCCCUUCUACCGUUUCCAUUGUUUUCUUCUUCCCUGGCCGCAAUUUCAUUAUUCAGAUCUAUUGUUUUCUGAACGGACCAAUUUAUCUCAUACUUGAUUCACGACCUCAAUUGAACCAUCGGAGUUUGUUCACGUUCCGUUUGAUUAAAAUCGUCCAACUCCAAUUUCAAGCUCAAAUAUGGUUUCUUCCCUUUUCGGUCCGCUUAAUUUCUUUCUCAUUUUAUUUGUUCAAGUUGGCUCCGAACGUUUCAAUUUUCUUUCAUUUUUUCUUACUGUUGUCCUUUAACAUUUACAAGUAUAAUAUCUUCACUCUUUUUCACAUUUUUUAUAUUCUAUCUCCCAAAUCAUAACUGUUGUUUUCUAAUAA